GGCACUUCAAAGGAGAGAAGAAGCUACAACUACUAAAGGAGUCGGCGACGAAACACAGACUGAAAACUUCCAGCCCGAGAGGAAACACACACGCACACGCACCGUCGGCAGGCCUAACACACAGUCCAUGGCUGCACUGCUAGGGGAGGAGCCGAGGCGGGGCAGCACCCCGCUGGCCAUGCUGGCCGCCACCUGCAGCAGGAUCGGGGAUGCCAGCCCCUCCUGCACCGACGGAGCCCCGGGACUCCUGCGGGGCUUCCACCCGUGGAGGAGAGGCGCCCAUCAGGGCGGCCCGGGCCCCUGCGUGGCCCCGGGGGCCCCCAGGAGCGCCGGGGGCGGACCUGCGGACACCUCCAGCGCUUUCUCGGUAACAGCCGCCAGCUCUUCUUUGGGAAACGAUGUGUCCAUGUAUCAGACCGCGGUCCCACAAUUCCCAUCCUCCGUGGAGGGCAUCUACCCGAGGAUGCAUCCCUAUGAGUCGUGGUUAAAAUCCGUGGGGGAGGUUAAUAGUAACGGGGCCCCGGCUUGGUGGGACUGGAUGGACUUACAGAACCCAGCCGGGCUGUCCUCCCCCAUGAGCAGCUACAGAGAUGACUUCAACUUCGGCCUCGGGGGGUGUGAGCGCCCGUCCCCCCCCGUGCAGUACUUAUUUGAGGGCUUCAGGUCCCACGUCCCGACCCCCUACGCGGAGGAUGCGCCCCCCGCAGCGGCCCCGGCCCCGGUGCAGGUCUCCCUGCCCGCCACCUCCCGCCCUUCCUCCCGGCGCUACUCCGGCCGGGCCACCUGCGACUGCCCCAACUGCCAGGAGGCGGAGAGACUGGGCAUGCAGGAGGGCUCCGGCUCCGGGGCCCGGGCCCGGGGCCAGCACAGCUGCCACAUCCCCGGCUGCGGGAAGGUCUACGGCAAGACGUCUCACCUGAAGGCGCACCUGCGCUGGCACACCGGGGAGCGGCCGUUCGUCUGCAACUGGCUCUUCUGCGGGAAGCGCUUUACGCGCUCCGACGAGCUGCAGCGCCACCUGCGCACGCACACCGGAGAGAAGCGCUUCGAGUGCCCGACCUGCCACAAACGAUUCAUGCGCUCCGACCACCUGAGCAAACACGCGCGGACGCACAGCGCGGACGGCUCGGAUGAUGGAGACCCAGGGGACCUGCAGGGCUCCGCGGGCUCCCCGCAGUCUGGCCCCGAGGGCGGCUCGGCCCCGGGCCCCGACAGGCUGCUGGACGCGAUGGAGGAUAACUAAACGCCAACAAAUGCAAGGGAUUUUUUUUAAUCUUAUUUUACCUGGAUAUGUGUCUUGGACAAUAAAAACUUAAAUGGCACUUUAUGGUUAACGCCAGCUACUUUUGAACACUGUCUCCUUACCUCAUUUGUUAUUUUUCAGCCAAUUGAAAGCAUAUCUUUAAGAGCUGUUUAUCAUUUAUGAGCAUCUUUUUUAUACAGGAGAGUCUCAAGCCUGAAUUAUGGUUCUGCGCGUUAAAUCGACGGCAUAGUUUUUGAAAUGUCCAGUUCUAAUUUACCAAUCACCAUUAUUUAUAGCACAUAUGAUUACAAGUGGUUUCAAUAAAAAAAAAAGAUAAUGUUGGAUUGG